CUCCAGGAUAUGGCCUUUGACAUGUGUGAGAUGUCUUACCGAGUGGCCCUCUAUGACUGUACUAGUGGCGCUCCUGAUGUGGAAGCCAAACCACUCCAUUCUUGGAUCGGUGUGGCUAAUAGUUCGCUUCUGGUUCUCCACUGCAGUAAGAGAAUGUUGGAGUAUUUUAAGAAGUACUGUGUAUCGGUAUCGUUGAAACCUUUUGCAACAUGCAUCAAAGGACUUGGAAAUCGACAAGAACUGUUUAUUUUUCAAUACAUUCCAGAGAAUCAACUGUUAGGGUACGAUACAUUUUCACCUCUUCUUUGCAGACAUUGGAAUGUGUCCGUGCUUCUGACAGGUGACUCAUCCAAGAAAACGAUUUCUAUUCACUUGAGGUUAUGUGCUGGAAUGAAGAAGUUGUCUGGCUGCUUUAAGUUUUAUCAACUCCAACUAUACUCUCUUCGCUCUGAGGAAUGCCGUCCAACCUAUGGGAUCAGAAGUCAUUCAACUCAACUCGUCAUUCCCUACAAUGAGGCAAGGACAACUCAUUAA